UAUGCAGAUGGUAUAGCAUGUGGAGAUUGCAGUGAAAUCCCAAAAACAUUUUGUUCACUAUAUAGCCAUGAACUCAUCCUCUCUUAAGGUUUUGCUGCACUGGCCUAUUUCAAUAUUGGCCCUUGUGAUCUUCUUCAGUACUACUUGUGUAAGUGCAACACAGCCUCAUUUGCUAAGGCUGGGUGUGCUGGGGCGCACAUUUCUGAGAGAGCCUGCAACAUUUUCUGAAUCGGUAUCUGAAGAAUUUCAGACUUUUUAUUACAACCAAACAUUGGAUCAUUUCAACUAUAGGCCUGAAAGCUACAUCACUUUUCAACAAAGAUAUGUGGUGAAUUUCAAGUACUGGGGUGGUGCAAAUGCCAGUGCUCCCAUAUUUGCUUAUCUGGGUGCAGAAGCAGACCUGGAUUAUGACUUGUCCGGUCUAGGAUUUCUCACAGAUAACGCUCAUCAGUUUAAGGCUCUUCUGGUGUAUAUUGAGCAUAGGUACUAUGGGAAAUCAAUUCCGUUUGGAUCAAGAGAAGAGGCCUUCAAAAAUGCUAGCACUCUAGGGUAUUUCAACUCCGCCCAAGCUAUUGCAGAUUAUGCAGAGGUGCUUAUAUACAUAAAGAAGAAAUUGCUUGCUGAGAAUUCCCCUGUCAUCGUGGUCGGAGCUUCUUAUGGGGGAAUGCUAGCUUCAUGGUUCCGGCUAAAGUAUCCUCAUGUUGCCCUUGGAGCUCUGGCCUCUUCUGCCCCCAUACUUUAUUUUGAUGAUAUUACUCCCCAUAAUGGAUACUUCUCCAUUGUCACCAAGGAUUUCAGAGAAGCUAGUGAGAGCUGCUACAAAACCAUAAGCGAAUCAUGGUCUGAGAUCGACAGAGUUGCUUCCGAGCCCAACGGCCUUUCAAUCCUCAGCAAGAAAUUCAGAAUUUGCGGUCAAUUGAAUAAUUCCGAUGAGCUCAAGGAGUUCUUGGAAAGAACAUACUCUAUUGCAGCUCAAUAUGAUGCUCCACCAAGCUACCCUGUUACUGUGGUGUGCGGUGGGAUUGAUGGAGCACCAGAAGGAAGCGAUAUUCUAAGUCGAAUAUUUGCAGGUGUCGUUGCUUUUAGAGGAAACAUGUCUUGCUAUUACACAAGUAAUACUACUGAUUAUCCGAUUGAAACAAUUCAGGGCUGGGGAUGGCAGACAUGCAGUGAGAUGGUAAUACCAAUAGGGCGUGCCGUCAAUGAUACCAUGUUUCCUCCAGCGCCUUUCAAUCUAACCACCUUUAGCCGGGACUGCACAAGCCUCUAUGGCGUCUCGCCUCGGCCUCAUUGGGUCACAACUUAUUACGGAGGCCAUGAUAUAGAGCUGAUUCUCCGUAGAUUUGCUAGCAACAUCAUCUUCUCUAACGGGCUAAGAGAUCCUUAUAGCAUUGGCGGGGUAUUGAAGAACAUAUCCAAUUCUAUUCUUGCCAUUCUCACAGUCAAUGGGUCCCACUGCUUGGAUUUACUCCCGGCGGCUUCAACUGAUCCGGAAUGGUUGGUGAUGCAGAGAAAGGCCGAGGUUGAGAUCAUUGAAGGCUGGAUCGCUCAGUACUAUGUCGAUCUUCAUGCCAUAACAAAAUAAAACGAACCCUGCUUAAUCAUUGUAAGAACUAAUGGUGUUAUCAUAUUUGGAGAGAUCAAAAGAAGUAGUUCCUUUGCAAUGGGAUAUGUUGCGGGUGCUAUUUGAAUUGGAAUUUGAUAAUACAAAUAGGAGAAAUAUUUGAUGUUGGCUCAAAUUGUUGGUGGUGUUGUGGGUACCAAUUGAGGCCCACCUCUAAUAAAUGUUUAAGUUGUGAAGGCAAAAGAAAGAAAUUGCUCCCGAAUUUGACAGUAUGAGGGAAAGGGGAAACGAUUUGAAAGCUUCCAGUGGAAGAAGAUGAGCUUUAAUUGGCCCCGUCUGCUUUGUCGGCUACAGGGAUUGUGUUAGCUAAGCCAUAAUUCCACAAGAAUGGAUAUUAGAAUUUAA